GGUUUAACACGAUUGGAGGGCGAGAAGAGGGUUUCAGCACCCUGGACAGAGGACGGAGGAGCGAGGAGAGUUUCAGCACCCUGGACAGCGAUGGCUUGGCCGUGUAUUAGCCGGGCGUGUUGCAUCGCUCGCUUCUGGAACCAGCUAGACAAGGCUGACAUUGCCGUGCCUCUGGUUUUCACUAAAUAUUCCGAGGUCACCGAUGGGGCUACUCCCCACCAUCAAUUCCGAGCCCCGGGCAUCGACACACAGCCUUCCGGGGGCGACCAGGAUUCUGUUGCCAAGACGACAGAGGCAUCUGAAGCAGCGACCGAAGUUGUGUCAGCAUCAACGGGUACCAAGCCUGGAUCACGGCGGGAAUCGGUCAUGAGGCAGGACUAUCGUCCCUGGAAGGUGCGUCCCGAGCCCAGCUGUAAGCCCAAGCAGGAAUACACACCGACGGACACGCCCUUUGAGAAAGAGACACAGUACAAGAAGGAUUUCAAGGCCUGGCCCAUUCCCAAGAGGAGCGACCACUAUCCCUGGAUACCCAAGGGGGAGAGAGGGAGCCAGACGCCAGUGCCCAUCAGAGAGGAGCCAUCAGGCUCGGUGGCGACACCAGUGGCACUGCCAGCAGCGGGUCCCGAUCUGGCAAAAGGCAAAGUGGCAGAUGCUUUAAACAGGCAGAUCAAAGAGGAGAGAGGGACCAGCACUUCCUACAGGAACGAGUUCAGGCCCUGGACAGCAGAUGUCAAACCAACGAAGGUUGUCAAAGCAAAGCAGCUGUACCACCCUCCAGAGGCUAAAGUUGCUCAUGAGACCAGUUACAACACCACCUUUAAGGGGCAGUUUAGCAAACGGGCAGAAAUUAUCAGACCAGGGACAGCAGACAACAAGGUGUCCGAGCGCAGGAAGAUGCGCAGCCUCUAUAGCGAAGCCUACAAGGAACCCGCCAAGCCUGACAAGCCAAGCGUCCAGAGCACGAAACCAAAAAAACCAUCAAGCCAUAAAGCGCCCAAGAAGGUCAAAGAGAAACAGAUCACAUCUGGAAGGGCCGUGAAGAAAAAGAUGGCGGACAACAACGCCCUCGCCCCCAAGCCAGAGGAAGCAGCCAAGAGCCAGGAGAUGAACAACAAACUAGCCGAGGCAAAAGAGUAA